AGUAAAGCAGUAUGUUAAGGGUGGAGAGGGCUGAAAGGGGAAGUUCACAUGCUAUACAUUUAAACCUAACGGGUCUACAAAAAAGAGACCUCUGCUAUGAUUCAUAAUAUUAUUCCCAUCCUGUUAGAAAGUGAAAGAACAACUCAGCCUGAGUCGAGGAAGUAUUUCUGUUCCUAAAGGGUUUUCAAGCUUGCAGGCUGUGGGAGAACUGUUAAGGAAAAGUUGACAUCUCAUCAUCCCUGAGAACACUCUCCCACAGCUGUCCCCCUCAAUCUCACUGCCAAAUAUUCCUUCACAUGUCUGUAAUGGCCAACUCCACAGCACAAGCACUUAACGCAACCUCUGCUGAAAGCAACUUUGACACAUCACUCAUACCUGUUCAGCGAUCAGGACCAUACUUUGAAGCUAUAGUUGGAGCUGUCAUUGCUGUGGUGGUUCUGGUCCUGCUCCUCCUCCUGGGCGUCAUUCUGCGAUACAUGUACAAACACAAGGGCACAUAUCACACCAAUGAGGCCAAGGGCACAGAGUUUUCUGAGACAGCAGACUCCGCUCUUCGUAGAGACCCAGCCUUGCAGGACGCCAUGGAUGAGAGCAAGAAAGAGUAUUUCAUAUGAGGCACAAUAGAUAGCCCAACUCGGCUUAUAUGAUGCCUUAAUGCUGUUUGCUAGAGCAGUGAAGUAGCUGACAGAGCUCUC